CCUGACUUCUUCUUCCUCGUCGUGGUAAUCAGGGAGCUCUGAUGCGACGCCGCUACCUUUCUUUAAAGAACCACUAAAGAUGAGAUAAAUCAAACCCCCUACCACCCUGGAUCUCUUCCCCUUACCACCCUGGAUCACUUCGGAACGGUCAGAGCCAGGAACGGUCAUUUGAGAUCCUCUCCGAAAACCUAAAUCCAGGAGGAGCGAUAUUGGGGAAAACUGCUGAGCUCCGCAAGGAAGUUGCCCGAGGCGGUUCGAUCGCAUCCCCCCCUCCAGGAAUUCUCGCUUUCUACGCCUCCCGAAAAAAAAGACGCGCGCUGUAACGCGUCUUUUGACGCGUAAAACCCAAACCAUCGGGAUGCUUUCGGAGUGAUUUGGGAGACGUAUUCUACCUUUUUCAUCAUCAUCGGUCGUGUCUUCCCUCUUGGUCUCCGCAGUGCCCUCGGACUACAACUGAGACCCCCCGUUGUUUGGGCGAUUUGUUUUUUUUGGGUGGAAGACACUGGUUUCGAUUUGGUGGGGACAGAGAACCGCUCUGCUCUUGUUCUGGAGGGAUUGGAUCAUUUUGUGUGUUUUCUUCUUUGCGAGAUAAUUUUACCGUCGUUGUCAUUACCUUGCGGGAUUCCUAAUCUUUGCAACAUCUCCAUUGAGCAGAAGUGCGGUGGACCACAGUGGCUGUUUGUCCAGCGGGCUCUGCUGAAGAUGUGAACAUUGGAUUACCAUCAUCUCUACAAGGCUUCCUUCCCCAGAAUACGUCUGCCUCCAAGGCCCUCCAGCCGUCUCCCCGCCGGCUGUCCCUCUACCUCCCUCUACCUUCCCUGUCUGGAAUACAUCCGGCUUAUGGGGAUUGGCUAAUCCCACCCCUGGGGUCCCCGCCCCCGUCCCGCGUCCACCAAUUGGAGGGGCCGUUCGGAUCACCUCCUUCUAGCUUCUCCUCCCUCGAUUGGCCGAUUGGAAUACCCCCCCCCCAGUGACUCGAACACACUCCACUCUGUCGUCGACCAUGGAACCCCAGGGGAGCCCCCUGUCCCGGGCGCCCGGCCCCCACUUCCUGCUCCUCCUCCUCCUCCUCCUCCUCCUCCUCUUCGCCCCCUCGCCGGCCACGCCCCAGCGCCUCCCCCUCGACCCCGGGGGCGGGGCUCUGGGCGGGGCGGCGCCGGAGUACGCCCACUCGGUGCGGCUGGACGGGGACAUCGUGCUGGGCGGGCUGUUCCCCGUGCACGCGCGCGGCGACCGCGGCGCGCCCUGCGGCGAGCUCAAGAAGGAGAAGGGCAUCCACCGGCUGGAGGCCAUGAUGUUCGCCAUCGACCUCAUCAACAAGGACCCCGACCUGCUGCCCAACGUCACGCUGGGCGCCCGCGUGCUCGACACGUGCUCGCGGGACACCUACGCGCUGGAGCAGUCGCUCACCUUCGUCCAGGCGCUCAUCGAGAAGGACGGCUCGGACGUGCGCUGCGCCAACGGCGACCCGCCCGUCUUCGCCAAGCCCGACAAGAUCGUGGGCGUGAUCGGGGCGUCGGCCAGCUCCGUGUCCAUCAUGGUGGCCAACAUCCUGCGCCUGUUCAAGAUCCCUCAGAUCAGCUACGCCUCCACAGCGCCGGAGCUCAGCGACAACACGCGCUACGAUUUCUUCUCGCGGGUGGUGCCGCCGGACUCGUACCAGGCGCAGGCCAUGAUGGACAUCGUCACGGCGAUGGGCUGGAACUACGUGUCCACGCUGGCGUCCGAGGGGAACUACGGCGAGAGUGGCGUGGAGGCCUUCGUGCAGAUCUCAAGGGAAACCGGCGGGGUGUGCAUCGCCCAGUCCCUGAAGAUCCCCAGGGAGCCGCGCCCGGGGGAGUUUGACAAGAUCAUCCGCCGCCUGCUGGAGACCUCCAACGCCCGGGCCGUCAUCAUGUUCGCCAACGAGGACGACAUCCGUCGGGUGCUGGACGCAGCUAGACGGAACAACCAGACGGGUCACUUCCUGUGGGUGGGGUCAGACAGCUGGGGUUCCAAGAUCUCGCCCGUGAUUGGUCAAGAGAGAGUCGCCGAGGGAGCAAUCACCAUCCUGCCCAAACGAGCAUCUGUGGAUGCGUUCGACCGCUACUUCCGAAGUCGCUCGCUGUCCAAUAACCGGAGGAACGUGUGGUUCGCCGAAUUUUGGGAGGAGAACUUCAACUGCAAGCUGGGCAUGCACGGCAAGCGCCCGGGCAGCCCGAAGAAGUGUACCGGCCUAGAGAAGGUGGGCCGGGACUCCAGCUACGAGCAGGAGGGCAAGGUGCAGUUCGUCAUGGACGCUGUGUACGCCAUGGCUCACGCCCUGCACCGCAUGCACCGCCAGCGUUGCCACGGAAACCCCGGCUUCUGCCAGGACAUGGCCGACAACAUCGACGGCAAGGAGCUGCUCAGCCACAUACGGGCCGUCAGCUUCAACGGCAGUGCCAACACCCCUGUGGUGUUCAACGAGAACGGCGAUGCCCCAGGCCGCUACGACAUCUUCCAGUACCAGAUCACCAACCGCUCCACCCCUGAGUACCGCGUCAUCGGUACCUGGACCAACAAGCUGUACCUCAACGUGGACAGCAUGAGGUGGAGGAGGGGGGACUCCUCUCUACCCUCGUCCGUCUGCAGCGUCCCGUGUCGGACCGGUGAGAGGAAGAAGGUAGUGAAGGGGGUCCCCUGCUGCUGGCACUGCGAACGCUGCGAGGGGUACCACUACCAGGCCUCCGAGUUCACGUGUGAGCUGUGCCCCUACGAGAUGCGUCCCGACGCCAACCGCACCGGCUGCGUGCCCAUCCCCAUCGUCAAGCUGGAGUGGCACUCGCCCUGGGCGGUCAUCCCCGUGUUCAUCUCCAUGCUGGGCAUCGUGGCCACCUCCUUCGUGGUGGUCACCUUCGUGCGCUACAACGACACGCCCAUCGUGCGCGCCUCGGGCCGCGAGAUGAGCUACGUGCUGCUGACGGGCAUCUUCCUGUGCUACGCCAUCACCUUCCUGAUGAUCGCCGCGCCCGACGUGGGCGUGUGCUCGUUCCGAAGGAUCUUCCUGGGGCUGGGCAUGUGCUUCAGCUACGCGGCGCUGCUCACCAAGACCAACCGCAUCCACCGCAUCUUCGAGCAGGGCAAGAAGUCGGUGACGGCGCCCAGGUUCAUCUCGCCGGCCUCCCAGCUGGCCAUCACCUUCUCCCUGAUCUCGGUGCAGCUCCUGGGCGUCUUCGUGUGGUUCGCCGUCGACCCUCCGCACACGGUGGUUGACUACGGCGAGCAGCGCACGCAGGACCCCGCCUCCGCCCGCGGCGUGCUCAAGUGCGACAUCUCGGACCUGUCGCUCAUCUGCUCGCUGGGCUACUCCAUCCUGCUCAUGGUCACGUGCACGGUGUACGCCAUCAAGACGCGCGGCGUGCCCGAGACCUUCAACGAGGCCAAGCCCAUCGGCUUCACCAUGUACACCACCUGCAUCGUCUGGCUGGCCUUCAUCCCCAUCUUCUUCGGCACGUCGCAGUCGGCCGAGCGGAUGUACAUCCAGACCACCACCCUGACGGUGUCCCUCAGCCUGUCCGCCUCAGUGUCCCUCGGCCUGCUCUACAUGCCCAAGGUGUACGUCAUCCUGCUGCACCCCGAGCAGAACGUCCCCAAGCGCAAGCGGAGCUUCAAGGCCAUUGUGACAGCUGCCGCCAUGUCAGGCAAGCUUGGCCAGAAGGGAGGCGACCGCCCCAACGGAGAGGUGAAAACGGAGCUUUGUGACAGCAUGGAGACCAACACUUCAUCAACUAAGACGACGUAUGUUAGCUACAACAAUCACGCCAUCUGAAAUAACCAGACAAGAAAGUGGUGAAAAGAGAGAGAGAAAAAGAGAGAAUGAGAGGAGAAGGAGAGAGAGAGAGAGAGAGAGAGAGAGAGAGAGAGAGGACGGCUUCAUUGGGGAUGGCGCCGUUCAAAGUGGAAGGAAACCGUUGCUCUCAGUCGGGUGCACCAGAAUGGCAUCACAGGGCUCCCAAUGGAAAAUAUCAAGCAUGAGACAUUUUGUAUUGUCGCUGUUCCUCAUCGAAACCUAGGACCAUGGAGAGGAGAAGGGACCAACGAACAAAGAAACAGCCAAUAAGUGUGCCUGCUUCCCUGCUCGUCACAGCCCAUUGGUCUAACCAUAAGGUAUAACUUGAAAAUAAAAAAAAACAGACAGUGAUGAAAUCAGUGAUGGACGGCAACGAAUAAAGUUGAAACGAACCAAAAAAAGAUACGACAAAAUCACAGAUCAAAACAAUAAAAAAAUCAACAACACCAUUUCGACAUUGUGGUUAAAAAAUGUGGGAAAAGGCAAAAGCAGGGGAGCAGAAAAAGAGAUAGAUAAACAUUGAAAAAAAAAUGUGUAUGUACAAAAAGAAAAAUUAGAGAGGAAAAUUGAUGAGACUCAAAACAUGUUUGUUGUUACUCUACCUGUAAGUAUUUUUUGUGGUCGUGAAGAUUUUUUCAUUCUUGUCUCACCGUUGUCUGAUGGAUGGAACCUCCCCC